CAGAUGUCAAAAACAUUAAAAACAUCAAAAAUAUCUAAAAUGUCCAAGCCAAAGAAAAUCAAGGCAAAGACACGCAAAAAGGACCCCAUUGCAAUAGUAGAACUGGGGAAUACUACGGAAGAAGAUGCAAAUGACAAUGAUUACAAGAUCUUCAAUCUUUGUCUACAGUCUCUUAUUUUCACUUUCCUAGUGAAAAUGUUGAGGAAACUUAGAGACGUUUUCUGUAGCUGUCUGCCUUGUUGCAGACAGCCAGAAACAACAGAAGCACCAGAAAUACCAGAAACACCAGAAACACCAAAAGCAUUGAAAAAAGAAAAGCCAAAAACAUGCAAAUAUGAGGAUCCCAGAGGAAUACUAAAGCUGGGUGAGGCUAUUGGAGAAGGUGCAACUGGCCUUGUUUGCAAGGGUUGCCAUCUGAAAACCAAUGAUACAGUGGCCAUUAAAAUUAUCAAUGCUGAAAAGGCUGAAGAUAAGGAAAUCAAAAAUGAGAUUGAAAUCCUCCAAAGUUAUACUGAGCAUAAGAAUAUUGCAACAUUCCAUGGAGUAUAUUUAAACCCUGUCCCGAAAGGAAGGGAGAAAUUAUGGAUUGCAAUGGAAUAUUGUGGAGGCGGCAAUAUUGUUGAAUUGGUAAGCAACACGCCAUACAGGUCAUUUCACGAGACUUGGAUUGCCUACAUCAUUCGGGAAGUCUUAAGGGCCCUGAAAUACCUUCACGGACAGCAAGUCGUGCACUGCGAUAUAAAGGGUCUUAAUAUCGCACUUACAGAAGAUGCACGUGUUCGUUUAAUCGAUUUUGGUGUCAGUCAGAAGCUGAACCAAGGCGAUACCUGCAAAGACCCAGUUGGUACACCUCAUUGGCUUGCACCAGAGGUUUGGUUUGCCGCAGGAUUUGAAACGGCAACGUAUGACUACAAGUGUGACAUAUGGUCACUGGGGAUCACAGCAAUAGAGAUGGCAGAGGGAAUGUGCCCAUUGCACUCUAUUGAACCUGAAGAAGUGUGCAUAAAAAUCCUUUAUGAUGAUCCUCCCACACUAAGAUUUCCAAGCAAAUGGUCUACAGAAUUCAACUCAUUUUUGGGUCGCUGUCUUCAAAAGGACCCAAAGCUUAGACCUAGUGCCGGACAGCUGCUCAAAGACCCAUUUGUGAGAAAGCUAAAGAAUGUAAAGACGGUCAGAACAGAGAUUCAAAAUCUAAUCUCUAGGAUUAAUAAAGCCAGGGAUGCUGAAUUCACAAUAUCAGAAAGCAAUUUCAGCAAUUAAAGGUUUUUCAGGAAGCCUUGGUAAUGAUGAGAGUCUGGAUCCAGAAGGUCAGUUAAGAUCAGCUAUUGUUGUGGAACUACAAAUAAAAGAGGAAAAGUGUACUCUAGAAGGCAAACGUGCAUUUUA